GAGCCUACUGUGCGGACCCUGGUUGACCAUGCUGUCCCGGGUGGUUUUUUCUGCGGCCGCCGCAGCGGCCCCCUGUCUGAAGAACGCAGCCCUCCUUGGUCCAGGGGUAUUGCAGGCAACAAGGAUCUUCCACACAGGGCGGCCAAGUCUUGCCCCUGUACCACCUCUUCCUGAACAUGGAGGAAAAGUUCGUUUGGGGCUGAUUCCCGAAGAAUUCUUCCAGUUCCUUUAUCCCAAAACUGGCGUAACAGGACCCUAUGUGCUUGGAACCGGACUUAUCCUAUAUUUUCUGUCCAAAGAAAUAUAUGUGAUUACUGCAGAGACCUUCUCUGCCAUAUCAACAAUAGGGUUGCUUAUCUAUGUAGUUAAAAAAUAUGGUGCCUCUAUUGGAGAAUUUGCUGAUAAACUCAAUGAGCAAAAAAUUGCCCAACUAGAAGAGGUGAAGCAGGCUUCCAUCAAACAAAUCCAGGAUGCAAUUGAUAUGGAGAAGUCACAGCAGGCCCUGGUUCACAAGCGUCAUUACCUUUUUGAUGUCCAGAGGAAUAACAUUGCUAUGGCACUGGAACUUACUUACCGGGAACGGCUGCACAGAGUAUACAAGGAGGUGAAGAAUCGCCUGGACUAUCACAUCUCUGUGCAGAACAUGAUAAAAGCCUUGUCUACUCUAGUAUAUCAUGUGAGAAACAUGUACAAGCCACAGUUGAAUGUAUCCGAAUCUACUGUAGGUUGCGUUGCACCAGCACUUCUAAGUAAAAAGACAGCAAAGGAUAUCGUUGCAUUACUUCCUUGUCCUCCAGGUGUAAACCCACUGACAUUUACAAAAAUGAAUGAUCAAAAAAGGAAAAUUGGCCAACAAAGAUCAAAGCAGAGCAAACAAAUGAAGAACGAUAAUGCUGGAGAUAUGAACAAACUAUAUUCAAUAAUGGAGUGCAUACUGCAAUCCAUUGUGCAACUAAAACAUAAAUUUUUCCUUGAUAUUGAGACUUUGCAGAGCAACAUGUUGCCAAACUUCAUUUUCGAGUGUAAGGCUACCAAAUGUUAUUCAUCUGUGUAUGCAUAUGCCACUUGA